AUGUUACACGUGCUCCUAGGAGCUUCUCGUGUUGCCUUUUGUGGGGAAUGGAAGGCCAGUGUUGUAAAGAGCGUUGACGCCCUGGUAACUUCCUGUGUGGUUUUGCCCUGUUCAUUCAGCCAUCCUAAAGAAACACUCCCCAGCUCCAGACUGAGAGGCAUCUGGCAUCAUAAAACUCAACGUAACCAACGUGUAUAUCAUCAAGAUGAGACAACAGUGUUAGCAAACUUUCGAGGUCGCACUCGGUUGUUGGGGCAUUUAGGCCAGGGAAACUGCAGUUUGGAGGUUACAGAAAUCAAAGACUACGACAACGGUCCUUUCUGUUUCCGCAUUGAAUUAGCACCAACAGAGGGCGAUAUGGACAGCCCCGACAAAUUCUCCUUUGUUGAGGAUUGCGUGGAGUUGAAAAUGCUACCUGGCCCUCCAAAACCAACGCUGACCCACGCAAAGACAGCAUAUGAAGGCCGUCCAUACAUCGUCAUCUGUUCGGUGACCUACACUUGCCCCACCCACACGCCCUCGCUGACAUGGAGCCGGGGCAACGCUGAUGACAUAACCACCGUCAUCAAAGAAAUUCACGCCGGUCAUUGGGAGGUUCAGUCCAUCCUCAUCAUCAUUCCCGAGGCAAAGGAUGACCACAAGGAUGUCACUUGCGGGGCCAGUUUUUAUGGAAGGAUGUCAUCCUCUGAUAAUUUCACUCUUUUUGUCAAACGCACAGAAAACCAUCACCACAUCAUCAUUCCUGCAGCUGUAGCAGUUGGGUCAAUUGUGCUCUUCGGAGGAAUCUGCCUUUUAAUGGUGAAAAAAUACAAGAAGCGCAUUGUGGAACUUCAAAAUCAGAGCAGCCAGCCCAGUUCCUGCAGUUACAAACCGGACCUAUCCGAUGCUGAUGACUACGAGAACACGGCAGAUCUCAAUGUGUACACGAACUUCUGA